AUGGGGUGCUGUGGAGAUCGCGAAAAGGGAACCACGGUGACGGAGGAGCAGAAGUGGACUUAUAUUAACCUCUCCGACUUCAAGUCUACCUCUUGCCUCGCACCCUUCUCUUACGCCUGGCUUUGGAUUCUCGUCUUCAUCUCAUGCGCCGUCUACGCUGCCGACGCCUUUACUGCCGUUAAUUUGCUUGCUUUUGACAAAUGGACGAGCCAGGUCAAGCCUACCGUACCCUUCGACGUUGCCAAAUGGAUUUUUGCCAUUACCAUCAUCAUCUCCUAUGUCUUUCUCGCAUAUCGAUGGAUCAGGGCUCUGCGCGUUAUGCGCACAGGAAGCGUCACGGAAUGCUAUCUCGAGCCAUUGGCCGCUAUACUUCAGAGUAUGCGCAUCACCAAGACUGGCCAGGGCUGGCGUCGUUUCUUGGUCUUCGCCGAGUUGACCAAGAGUAAAAAGGGUGCCAACUAUGUUGCUCUCUUUGUCUACUUCCAGUUCAAGAGCGCCCUGCUCAUCAUUGUCGCACAGGGACCUCGCAUUGCCCUCAACGCCAUGACCUUAUAUGCCGUCAUGCAAGCGAACCUCCUACCUGUCGGCGAGCAUGCGUCAGAAGAUCGCUCCAACUUCGAGCAGUUCUUCAUGAACAUCAAGGUCAUGGUCGAUACCGGCAACAAGCAAGAAACCGUCAUUUACUUCACCAUGUUGUUCUCCCUGGUCAUUUGGGUCAUCGCGGCACUGGGUCUGAUUGUCGCGGCACUGCUAUACCUCUUCUUCCUAUGGCACUACAUUCCCAAGGCUGACGGCAGUCUUACCAAUUACUGCCGGCGCAAGGUCGAGACUCGUCUGGAACGCAUCGUGGGCAAGAAGAUUAAGAAGGCUAUCGAGAAGCAGAACCAGCAGUUGAAGAGGGACGAGGAGAGGGCUAUCAAGAAGGGCGAAUUCGACGCGUCCAAAUCUCGACCCACUCUACCCAAGCUCGAAGGCGACGAUGACGAUACAUCUACCAUCUUCUCGAUGCAACGAUCCGAUACGAUGAACACGAAUGCAACGUUGCCUCCGUACACCGUGUCAAACGCGCCCUCAUACAGGUCGAACCCACCGUCACGAUCGCACACUUCGAACACCGUCAACACCAUGAACCCGGGGCGAAACCUGAUGAACAAGCCGUCUCUGCCGACGCUAGACGAGCGACCUGGCAUGCCAGAGCGCGACUUUACAAACUUCUCGAAUGCCAGCUACGGUUCCAAUGCGCCAAUGCUGAACCAAGCUGGAGGCAUGGGCAGGUCAUCACCGGCACCUCCGAUGCCACAUCUUGAUCGUAACGGCACUGGGUACUUUGGCGAGCAACACAACCUGCCAUACCAAUCUGACAGACCUUUCACGCCAAUGUCACAGGGCAGAGCAUCUCCACUCCCACACCGCGGGCCGAUGCCGCCUGUGGAUACCAACUACAACAACUAUGACAACGGGCGGUACGAAAACGAUGCCCAGUUGAUCACUCCCCUUUCCAACGAUCAACGUGGCCCACCCUCGUCUCACCCCAACCGUCCAUACCAGGAGUUCAGUCCUUACGACAGCCGGGGGCCUCAGAUGGGUCCUGAGUAUGAGCUAUCACCUGUCGAUGUAAACCCGACGGAGGACAUAUCUCAGCACUACUUCGCAGACUCGAACGUUGGGGACGACUACCAACCGCCCCAAAUGCCCAGCGCGUUAAGAGCUGGAUCGCCUGCCCCAUCGCAACCCAUGGGCUUGCCAUCUCAACCACGUGCAGGUACCGCACCUCCACGAUCUGGCACUGCGCCGCCUCGAGCGGGUGUACCAGCAUCGCUCCAGUCAGCAAUCCAGCGUCGCGAAGCUUCACAACCGUUCCCCAACCGAGGCAUGAACGGCUCUGCCCCACCCCAACAACAGCAGCGGAGUGCGACAGCACCAAUCCAGCAGCCAGGCUGGGCUCAAGGCCCUCCUCCACGCAGCUUCACACCCUCUGGCCCCGGCCCCCAACAGCGCAGUUACACGCCCAUGUCUGGACCCCAGCAACAGCAGCAACGCAGCUACACUCCUACUGCGCUUCGUGGCUAUGACAACAGUUACAAUUACUGA